AUGAUUGGAAAACAAUUGACAACGGUUGCCAUCAUUGGAGGUGGCCCGGGGGGGCUUGGCACUGCCAUCGCAUUAUCCAAGUUGUCAUUUCUUCAUGUUACUUUGUAUGAGCAGAACCCAGAACCUCGAGAAGCAGGUGCAGGGAUCAGCUUGAGCACUAAUGCCUGGAAAAUCCUUGACUUGCUUGGGGCUAGCGAUGACGUGAAAGGCGGAUCCAAGUCAAACACCCACCAAAGAAACGGGUACACGGGAAGUAUUUUACAUGUCUCAAAAAAGCCAGAGAAUUCUGCUGCGGAUUCUCGCGGGGCAAUUCGAGCUCGCAGAACUCGUCUCCAGUCAGCACUGCUUGCUCAAGUGCCAGAAGACGUGAUCCAGUACGGAAAGAAGCUCGUAUCAUUGGAGAAUCUUGGGGAACAAGGCGUGCGUCUGCUGUUCAAAGAUGGAACGGAGGUCAUCGCAGAUAUGGUAGUCGGCGCUGACGGAAUCCAAUCAAUUACUCGGCGAGUCCUCUUUCCGGAUCACCAACUUCACUUCACAGGCAAUACGGCAUGGCGUGUUCUCGUCCCGAGGUCAUCCCUGUCUCACCUUCCGGAUAUUACUCAUAAUACCGCGUGGUGGUGGGGAGAGACCGGCCACACAUAUUUCUCUGAUGUCGACGACGAGAAUGAAGAGAAUGAAGGAUUAUUUGAAAUCACAGUGAGAUCCUAUCACGAACCCGAAAUCCCGGGGAAGACUGUAGCUUGGGGAAUUCCUGCCACCAACGAGCGAGUGGCAUCUCGCGUACUGAAAUUCGACCAGAGGGUGAGAGACGCUGUCGAUGCUGUUCCAGAAGGACAAUGGAGGGAGUUUUCUGGCUAUGCAGGACCUCGUUUAGAGAAGAUUACUGGCUGGGACAAAGUUGCCCUUAUCGGAGACUCUAGUCACCCGCUAUCCGGCGCUUUUGGCUCUGGGGCAACAUUUGCCAUGGAGGAUGGAUGGAUUCUAGCUCGGGCGCUCGAGCGGACACAGCAUUCUUCUCGCUCCAUUCUCGAUGCCCUCGAAAUCUUUGAGAAAAUCAGGUCCCCCUAUUAUGAAAGGAUGUAUAACCAUCUCGACGAGUCCCACGACACAAUGCAAAAGCGACAAAAAGACUCGAGUGAUUUCGAUGAAAAGCUGAAGAUCAAGAUUGAUUCCUUUCUUUAUGGGGAUAAAGAUUUUAUCUACAAGAAUGAUAUCGCGCAGGUUUGGCAAGAUUACAUCACGACGGAAGACAAGGGCGCGCCUGCAUUGGUCAAGUGA